AUGGCAUUUACGCCAGAAGCAAAGGUGACCUUGGCAAAUGCAAUCGAGCCCCGCAACAGACCUCUCGAAAUGAGUAUUGAACGAUACUUUUCAUCAAGAUCUUUUAAAAGUUGGGUUUAUCGCGAGGGAAACAGGCUGGGAUCUUCUCGGUUGGGUUCGGUCCUUCUCGGCUGCGUUGGGUGGCUUCUGGGUGGAGGACAGCGGGCUAGCGCUACAGUACCAGCCGUGCUGUUGAUGAAUGCUACACUUUAUAUGUGCGGAAACGAUAUCUGUUGGGAUAAUUCUUCAAAGCACUUCAGAGAAACAACACUGGACCUUCUACAACUAUUGGGAGAGCUCAUCACCAAAUCACCAGAAACGACCAGGGACGUCUACCAUGAUCUGAAAUUAGCAAAAGUAAUUAUCAUCGGGAUGACUGUUACCUGGGACUACAGAAUACUGAGGACGACGCCCAUCAUCCCCCAUACUUCUAUGACCAGUCUAGGUCUCCAGCUUCCUACAAAUAAAGGAGACUAUUUGAGGAUAGGAAAUAUCAUGGAACGUGCCAAAGAAGUCACUCAUCAAAAGAAGUUAUCUUUCCCAAGCACCAUCACAAGAGGAGUACAUGGACCAGGCGCACGAGGUCAGAGAGCUUAUAAUAUCGGUGACACUAUAGACCGGCAUCCACCACAGCGGGGCUUGAGUAUUCGUCAGAGUAUGGAUGACCUGGCAGCACAUCAAUUACUGCAAGUAUAUUCUCUUCCUUGGGCAGGAGUUACUAUAGACACUCCAGUAAACGAGAAUGUCACAAACGUUUCAAUCCAGUCAAUAGACAGACCCAAUAUCACCAACAAAAAUUCUGAUAUAGACCCCAAAAUCGUCAUUUACACUACCUCAUUCCUCAUCCUGUGCUGUAUCGUCUCCCUGGCAGUCAAUAUAGUGAUCCUCUCCUCCGUCUGCUUCAUGCGGUCCAAGGUCUACCCCACACUCUACAUCAGUCUCAGUCUUGCCGGUGCCGACACCUUCAGUCUCUUCCUCUACGCUCUCGGUCUCGUCCUCUUCACCCUGGUUCCUCGCGGGUUCGGUAUCAGUCUCCUGGCCGACUGCACAUCCCUGGUGGUCGAGGCGCUCCGCAUGGGAGCCGUCUUGACUACCAUGUUCCAUCUGCUCGCCCUGGCCGGCAAUCAUUACCUGGGUAUUCUGCAACCUCUCAAGUACCCGGUAUAUAUGACCAGAAGUACCGUGAGGACUAUCGCUCUCCUACUGUGGACAAUACCUUCUGUUCUACUCAUCAUCGACAUAUUCAUCGUCGAGGGCAGCGCGUACAACUCGUGCUCACAUCUUUUCUUACGAAGAGCAAAGUUUCGGACGACCUUUGCUUUGCUGUUCUUUACGACUCUGGGGGUGAUGUUGUUCAUCUACUGCCACAUAUAUAUCCUAGUGGACAAACACCACAAAAAGCCCAUUGUCGGAAAACAUCACUGCAGCAAAAAACGCCGCCACCAGAGCAGAAAUACUUCUUUUACAAAAUCUCAGGUGAACGAGAAAGUGAUUGUGACUACUCUGAUGAUAUUGGGGUCCGUAAUCAUCGGCUGGUUGCCUGUCUUCACCUAUUUCAUCCUUUGCUGUGAUGACUGCUGGCUCAAAGAUUGGUGGCAAUUGAAAACUUAUUCUGAGCACGCUUUCCUUGUUCUCAUAAACUUCUUAAUGAUAUGCAAGACAGCCAGCAACUCGUACAUAUACGCUUGUCGUAUGAAGGAGUUAAAGAUUGCUCUGCGGGGAAUGAAGAAAUUAGUGGUGAAACAUUUCACAACAAGAGGUACAAGUAACAAGGACCCCUCAGUUCCUUUGCGUAACAGUACAUUUCCUCCAUGGGAAUGA